AUGCCUCCUACAGACCACACGAACCUUACUGGAGUAGAGCCUCGAAUCUGGGAGACUGAUUUUGAUGAAGCACAAAAUGAAAGUGAUACAGAAAUCGACGAGGACUUGCAAGAGAUGCUAGAGGAAGAACAACUGGACGAGGAUGUGAACAAUGAACAAGGUCAACCUACACCGAACAAUGAAUUUCAUUCGGACUACUGUGAAACACCAAAGAUUCCAGUUCAAGCAGAUGAAGUUGAAAAUGGAGAAAAUAAACUUUGUCGAGUAUUACAGUUUUGUGCUAUUAGAACCUUGCACCAGCUAGCUACUGAUGAAGGUCACAAGUACCCUCAAGCAGCCUAUGCAAUAAAACACCAUACAUAUAUGGAUGAUAUUAUUACUGGCUCAGACACUUUGGAAGAGGCCAUACAACUUAAGACUCAACUUACUCAGUUAUUGCAAUGUGGUCAAUUCGAACUUCGCAAGUGGAUGUCAAACUCAGAACAGUUGCUUCAAGAUCUUCCUGAGUCACAUCGCGAAACUCCAAAAUUUGUGUCUGAAUCCUCCUGUCCUCAAUUUACUGUAUUAGGUUUCAUCACAACUGACGAAUUGCGCACAAUAUCUACAUUGAAGAUCUUUCACAGAGUCCAAUCAGAAGUCUUCGCCACUGAAAAACGGGAACUUCGAGCUAACCACUGUCCUAACAAACUGAAACCACUCCAUCCGUUCAUGGAUGACAAUGACAUUAUUCGUGUCGGAGGGCGUCUUCAGAAUUCUGAACUUCCAUACCCGUCAAAACAUCCGAUAUUAUUACCUAAAUCUCACCACAUCACAAAUAUUUACAUAGACUACUGGCACAUUACCUACUUGCAUGCCGGUCCUUUAUUCAUCCAAUCCAUCUUAUCUCGUUGUGUAUGGAUCUUAAACGCACGAAACAUCAUUCGAAAACGGAUCCACAACUGUGUCACAUGUUUCCGACACAAACCAACAAACACCAUUCCAUUAAUGGCGUCUUUACCGAAACCCAGAGUCACCCCAUCUAAGCCAUUCUUGCAUACUGGAACUGAUUUCAUGGGACCAUUUGAUACCAAAAUAGCUAACAUGAGAUUUCUUAAAAUUACCAAAACCUAUGUCUGUUUGUUCAUUUGUAUGACUACUAAAGCAGUGCAUCUAGAACUUGUAACUGACUUGACAACAGAAGCAUUCAUCGCAGCGCUCACUAGAUUUAUUAGUCGUCGAGGAAUUUGUUCUCACAUCUACUGUGACUGUGGCACCAAUUUCAAGGGUGCUGCUAAUGAAUUAAACCGUAUCACACAGCACACCAUCGCUUCUUCAGAUGCACGUGAUAAAUUACAAAGCCACUUUGCUCCAUCAGACAUCAGGUUUCAUUUCAAUCCUCCUUGUGCCCCUAAUUUCGGUGGCCUAUGGGAAAGAACAGUUCAAAGCGUUAAACGACACCUAGUUAGAGUUAUUGAUAAAACCAUCCUCACACUUCCUGAAAUGAUGACAUUAUUAACGCAGAUUGAGGCAAUUCUUAACUCAAGACCUCUUACACCUCUCUCGACCGAUCCUCAAGAACUAGAUGUACUUACUCCAGGACAUUUCUUGACAGGUGCACCAUUAGUUUCCAUCCCUGAACCACGUCUACUCGAUGUGUCACCCAAUCGACUUUCACGUUGGCAACAAGUGCAACAAUUUUCACAACAUCUAUGGAAACGAUGGAGCCUAGAAUAUUUGCAUAAUCUCCAGCAACGUCACAAGUGGACAAAAUCGACUGAAAACAUCAAGAUUGGUGAUCUAGUUCUCCUGAAAACCUCAACCCUACCAUGCCAUUGGCCAACCGGCCGUAUCAGUGAAUUACUUCCUGAGAAAGACAACAUUGUCCGUGUGGUAAAAGUCAAGACCACUGAUAGAGAAUACAUUCACCCAGUGUCCCAAGUCUAUCCAAUGCCAAUGAGUGACACCAACUUUGGUUGA